AGUGAGCGAGCAGCGCACAAUAGGAAGUACAGUAUACGAAGCUAAAAAGGGGGGAUGUGACCGCAAAUUGGAUAACAACGUUAACCAAUAUGUCUUCUGUUACAGAUAUUAUAUAAUUAUAAUUAUCAGGAGUGUAUCAGGUUUAACAUAUCAGUUAGACUAAAGGGUAACCGGUUAAGUAUAGGAUUUUUGCCAGGAGCAUGGCAAUAGGAUACUUCUACCAAAUGACACAACUAUCAUAUGUUUUUAAAAUGGCACACAUCCCAUUAUCUUAGCGCAUGAACCUAUUCUGAAUUAGACUGCAAUAAUUUGAUAACGAUGACUUAAAUAGACUACAUCUUUACAGUUGAGGCAUAUACCUGCUAAUAUGCAUCCUCUUUAGUCAUGAUUGAGACAUGGCAUGGUGUAUGACUGAUUAUUUGUUUUCCCUGCUAACAUGCAUGCUCGUCUUUUUUAUUCCUUUAUCAGGCUGUUAGUUUUAAAGAAUUUCAAAUUUUCGAGGACAAGGCCAGGGCCAUUAAUAGUGAUGGUGUUUGUUCGGAGCUUGCUGAGAUGAUCAAGAGGUCGCUCUGGCCUGGUCAGAAACUUGCUGUUGGAAAGCAGGAAUAUAAAGACAUCAUUGAAGCUAGUUUGGGAAUUCACUGCCUGUUUGAUGAAGCCGUGCUGGAAGUAAUGUGGGGCUUGAAGAAUCUCAUCAAGAUGUUAGUGCCUGAUGAAAAAUUGGAACUGACUAAUGAGGACCGCCUCCAGAUCAGAUGAGGAAUGAAAUCGGUCCUGGAUCGUCAUGGCGUUGAGGUCGAUGCCAACUUGGUUAAUUCUGAAGAGGAAAAUGUAAUUGGCGAUCCUGAAGAGGAUAAUGUAACUGGCGAUCCUGAAGAGGAUAAUGUAACUGGCGGUCCUGAAGAGAUGCUGUCAAAGACCGAGGUAGAAAAAUUGCUGGCUGAUGCAGAUCGCUAUGAAGAUAAGCUCGAUAAGCGGACUUGCUUGGACAUGUACCAAACAAUUGUGUGGGGCUAUGGAAUUAGGCUUCAGGCACUAGAACAGUUGGGUUCCAUGGUCAAGGAGGCAAAAAAAGGUUUGAAGCUGCACCAGGGGCCCAUGGUCAAGGAGGCAGAACAAGAAUUGAAGCUGCAACCUGAGGGGGUACAUGGUCAAGUAGGCAAAAGAAAAUUUGAAGCUGCACCAGGGGUGUUGGAUGCAGCAGAUGGAUUGAGACAGAAAACAAAAAUUUAG